AAAGCACUCACCACCGCCACCACUCUCCACUCUUGCUCUCCGGCAGCCAACGAGACCCCCCCCCCCUCCUCUCUCUCUUCUGCACGCAGACAGUUUGCCCGCUGUCAAAAAGAAAGGAGGGACCGGAACGCCGCCAACAACCACCAUCACCACCACCACCAGCAGCAGCCCAAGACCUACGAGCGUGGCCACCAUGCUGUCGACGAAGAUGACCCACGCAGCAGGGCUCCUCCUGCUCGUGCUGACGGCCUACGUCCAAGCCGACGAGACGCAGCUGGUGCCGGCCACGGGCAAGACGUACCUGGAGACGGCCCUCGAGAGGCUGCAUAGCUACGGCGAGGCGGUCAGCGGCGACAAAGCUGACGGCAUCAUGACCGAGGCCCGCGAGCUCGUGGAGCAAUUCAUGGAGGAGUUCCAGGCGAAGGCGCUGCCCGAGGGUGUCACGACGCACAAGCUCGCCGAGGAAAUGGCCGAGGCGGCCAACGCCAAGCUGGUGCCCAUCCUGCAGGCGGCCAAGGCCGGCAUCGAGCGCGUCACGGCGCACCUGCACGAGUCGGCGCCGCUCAUCAUCAAGGUGCGCGGCUUCAUCGAGUCCAAGCGCGGCGUGAUGUGGGCCUACCUGGCGGCGCUGGCUGAGCGGGCGAAGAAGGCCAAGCUGGACGACACCCUCAAGGGCGUGCGAGAUGGCUUGACGGCCCUCACCUUGUCCAGCAUUGGACUGAUGAAGGAGGUGAAGGAGAUCGCGAGCGCGCCGCCACCCGCUCAAUGAGAAGUCCCCGCCGAGGAGAGUCGGGGUGGUGGUGGUGGUGGUGGGGUCAUGGCAAGCCGUGCGUUGCUGCCAACUCCCGGGGUGGAGAAGGUUUAGUUGGUAGUGGAGCCCUUUCCCUGUUUCUUACGUGCUGCUCUUUAAGACGACAAAAAAAUAUAUACGUGAGGUCAUUUACUGGAGUGUGGGUUGGGGGGCAUUUUUUUUAAUUCUUGCCGUAAAUGCUUCUUCGGGUUGUUUUGUGGGACAGCUUGAAGUGCAGGCGGGGGGAUUGCCCUCCAGAGAUGUUAUCGAGGUCACCUGGGGAAAAAAAAAAUGUUUGAGCGGACUGCCGGGAAAGUUUCGACUGCUUUGAAAUAUUCUUUAAAAGUCUGCGUGAAUCUUUUUUUUUAAUUCAGUUGUCCACAAUUUCACCUUCAUCACGUGUGUGUGUGUCUGUGUGAGGGGGGGGGGGGUCUUUUUUUUUCUUUCGAGUUUGCAUGUUCGAUGAUAAAUUUAACAACGACAAAACAACUUAACGAUCCUUUGUCAUGGAUUUCAGCUCGAGUUCAUGCUUGGAUUUUGAGAUUUAUUUUUUCUUUCAUCUUUUAAGUUUGCUUUGUUUUUUUUUUUUGGGGGGGGGGGGGUAUCUCCGACUAACAUGUGGUGUCAUCCUUUGGUAGUAGUAACGAACGAAUUGAUAAUAUCUGGUCUGCGGCCUUUGGUGAAUAUUAUGUCCGGCUCCUUGGAACCGGGGGGCAAGAGAGGCGUAGUUGACAAGCGAUUUGUGGGAAGUCGAUUUUAGUUUGGUUUUACGAGAAUGAUUUAUAAGAGAUCUCUUGCGCUAAACUCGUAUUUCUUCUUCCCUUUAAGUACUCGUAAAACGUGCAACGGGACGCUUUCGUGAUCGGGUGGCGAGAAAGGGGACAGCUUUACGCCUUUUUUUUUGGUGGUCGGAACGUAACACAAAUCUACAAUUAGAUUAUUUUAAUUAAAAAAAAAUAUAUGACCGUUUCCCGCCAAAAAAAGAUGCUGACCAACCUUCACGCCGCAAAUAAGCACCUGUAUGUAACAUUUUCACCGCUGUAUCUGCAUACACGUUCGCGCGACUAAUAACGAGUUAGUGUAAAAUACAAUGCACGUAAAACAAAUGAUGUGACCAGAUAAUAAGACGCGGAAUUUGCUUUGGCGGUAUCUGUAGGAAUGCCUCCACUAGAGCUCAAAAUGUCACCUUCGCGUUAUUCCUGAGGUAACAUCGAGUUUAUUUUUUUCAUUUUACUUUCAAGACUUAACCUUGUUAUUAAUCGUGCGAAAUGACUUGACGGUGUUCGUCCCAAAGGGAAUUACGGUAUAAAAUACAUUGUUUUAAAAACAGAAAACGUUUUAUUUUACACGAGCAUGCAUGCCGCCCCAUUUACCGUUGUUAGUCAACAAGUCCAAUCUCGUGUUUUACUUUUGUCUUGCAGACACAAAUAAUUGUGGUGUUUAAAGCCAUGACUUCAUGUUCAAUCGAAUAAAAAAUUGUGAUCGGUGAAA